AUGAAUUCAAAAGAAUUAACGUUCGUUUCUGCCCCCAUCAAUUAUAAUUUAAAUAAAGUAGACAUAAAAACUAUCGUAACAGGAUUAAUAACUUUAUUGGUAAAGGCAAUAAAUGAAGGAAAAUCUCGUGACCUACGUCAUUCAAUUCUGAGAGAUUAUUUAUCAUUGCAUAAAUUCACCAUUGAAGAAAUUUAUGACUGGUUGUGUAAGGAUGAAAUGACAAAUUUAGAUCUUGUAUUUUUAAAAGGAUAUUUGAAUUUUUCAGGAUUUGGAAAACAAUUGAACGUUAGUGAAGCGUUUAAUUAUUUUGAUCAAUCUUCAUCAAGAAAACAUCCUAUUUCUCAAUAUUACAUAGGAAUUUGUUAUGAAUUUGGAUUAGGUACUACUAUUGAUAAACGGUCUGCAAUUACAACGUAUGAGGAGAGCGCCAAGAAAGCCAUUAAAAGGUUGGAAAAACUGUCUGAGGCUUCGCUUUUGGAAUAUGGAGAAAAGAAAGUUGAAGUAUUAACUGAACAGCAAAUAAUACAACGGUGGAAAUUGAAUCAUGGUUUAUUUUUAGAUGGACCUAGCAUACAAACAAGUAAAAAGGUUGUUUUUGUUGAUGAUGGAGAUUUGGAUAUAAAUUUAUAUCAAGGAGAACCUAUAGUUUAUAUUAAUAUAAACGAUCCUGAUUGUCUUACGAAUUCACUUGAUUUUGAAAAUCAUAAAGUUGAGGUUUAUGAUAAUUUAAAGUCAUCGGACUUGUGUAUUAAUUUCCCGGUCGUUGAAAUCACUUAUAGAGCCGACCCAGUAAACUCAUUUUCAAAAUUUACGGGCAAAGUAGAAAAUUUACACGACUUAUAUGGCCAUUUUAUCGCAAAUAAAUUUCUGGCCGGUGGACAGUUAUUUAUCAAAAAUUUUAAUUUAACUUCUUCGUCACAAAAGGAUAUUUUAAAAUUUUAUUUAGUUUUGGUAUAUAAUUCAGCCAAAAACAAUAAUGAAUUUCCGUUCGAUAAUAGUCCUUUUGACUUGGAUUUUUUCCCAAGAAUAGAAACGUCAGACGGAUUAACGUUAGAUACUCUUAAAAAGUUGGUGAAUUGGAUGAGGAAAUUAUAUCAAGAUAAUAUAAUCGACAUUAUUUCUUAUAUUAAUCUUAAUUCUACUUCCCAAUUAAAAAGUGGGAUAUCAGCAAAAGGCCUAGAGAUUGAUAAACAUACUGGAAUCGCUAACUAUAGAGAGGAGGUAAAUUUCGAAAAUUGGGUUGGAAAUACGGAAUAUGUUAAAUUAGCAAAGUGGAUCAAAAAUUUUCACCUAUUUCAAGGUCUUGCAAUCAAUAAAUCAUAUAAAAUAGAAAGUAGUAAGAAAUUUGCCAUCAAGUUUAAGGAAGUUCCUGAAGUGAAUUUAAGAGACGAAUCUUAUUUUGAGAUAAUAAAUCCAACAACAAAAUUGGAGGAAAUUUUCAUAUUUAAUAAGAUUUUCUCGGUCAAUAAUUCUAGAACUUUUCCGUUUAUUAAACUUGAUGAUUUUAAAAAUAUGGAUUAUAUUCAUUUAGUAGUUAAAUACGAAAAAUAUGAAAUUUUAAUUAAUAGGGAUCAUAUCGAACCUUCAGAAGAAUUUAAUAGCGCAAUAGACAAAGCCCUUAAUGAAAUAAAACCAUUGAUUGCUUUACGAGGUGUAUUUGAUGAAUAUGGGCAUGUAUUCCCGUUAAGAAUUAUCCUGGGGAAAUCUCUUAAAAACAUUUCAACCACAAAUUUUUUUGGUGAUUUUAAAAAGAUAAAUUUGAAAUUACCAAUAACAUCUUUACGAUCAUAUUUAAAUAAAUUAAAUAUUUCAUAUCUCACAACGCAAAAUGGUGAUAUUAUUGAAGAUUAUGAUAAUUGUGUUCAAAAAUCAAAUAAUGAUUUAGAGAUUAUUGAAUAUGACGAGGUCAUUUCUUUGUACGAUAUUCUUGAAUCAGAACAAAAAAAGAAAGUAGAUUGUAUAUUAAGUAAUAACUUGAAAAUUAUAAUGACCGGAAUAAAUGAUUUGAAAGAUUUGGAUAAAAGCAACGUCCAACAUUAUAAGCGAAUAAAUUUAGAUUCAUCAUUGGAAGAUGAAAAUUACGAAGUAUUUGGGUCAAUUAUUACAAAAAAAUAUUUAAAGUCAAAAGAUUUUUUUGUAAGAUUUAGGUUAUUCGAUGUUAAUGGAUUUUCUGCAAUUAUAAAACCUUUAAAGAAAUCAAAGGUCGAUAUCAGAAGAUGUUACAUUUCAUGGAUGAUUAUUGGAAAUCCUAUGAAAUUAUCGGUUUUUAGUCCAAAUAAUAGAAAUAUUCAAGUUGAUCGUAUUGAAGAAUCCAUCGCAUUGAAAGCCGGAAUAUCAAACUAUCGCAUCAAAACGCUUCCUUUAUCCAAAGGAAAUGUCAUUCUUAUUAAUGUAUACUACCCAUCGACCAAUUAUGAGCCCCUUAGUAUCAUUAAGUUUGAUAAUUGGGAAGAUGAAGCUAUUAAUGUUGAAUUAAUUUAUGAUGAAUCAAGUUUGGAUAGUUCCAAAGUUCUACUUGGUGAAAAUAACAAAUCUUUAGCAAAUAUCGAGACAACUACUAAAAUAGACAUACAUAUCUGUAUCCUGCGUUCAGAUUCUGUAAGUUUAAAGGUUGAUAAUCAUGAAAAAGAACGUAAUUUGGACUUAUUUGGGUAUAUUUUAACUAAAGAUAAUUUGAAUGAGAAAUUUCAUGAACUUGAUAAAUUUGAUAGUAUUAAAGAGAUCAUUAAUCAACCUUUCAUAAAUGAUGAUGUUCAACAGUUUCUAUCAAAAGGUGUUGAAUCUUAA